AUGGUCCGCUACACUCCCGCAGCUCUCCUCGCCCUGGCGGCAGGCGCCUCGGCCGCAGACUACUCUGCUUGGGCGUUCGGCAACAUGUUCUCCGUCGGCCCGUCGUCCGGCGACGCCUACAUCACCAAGGCAACCUGGUCGGUCGUUCCGCCUGCGGUGCCUACUGAUGCCACCGAGGGCGCGAGCGAUCACCCCUUCCUGUCGCUGUGGAUUGGUAUUUCCAAGUCUAUUUCGGACCAAAGCGCUGCGCUUGUUCAGCCCCUGCUGAACUGGUCGACCAACCAGGAGUCUCAAGGAUGCCCGGCUUCGGCUACGGAGUGGUGCGUCGAUGCGUCCACCUUCUCGAACGACCAGCAGACUGCGCAGCCGUACGUCCGUGUGGCAAAUGGGCAGAAGGUCGACUUUGAGGUCACGGCAACCGCCCAGAAGACCACCCACCAGAAGGUUUACAUUAACGGCGAGGUCAUCAGCGAGCAGGAUGACGGCAAUGUGGGCUUCCUCCCGACCUACCUCUACUCCAGCAACGAGUGCUACCAGAACACCUGCGGCAGCGUUGACGGCUACACUUGGGAGGACAUCACCAUCACGCUAAGCACCGCCGACAAAUCUUUCGGCGAUACGCUGGAGCUCCGCGGCGCGUCCGGAAGCCUGGACUCUUCCGAUGGUGGCAAGACCUGGACCGGUUCCAUCAAGAUCGACGCGGACCACUUCCCCCGCGACUAG